AUGGAUUCCAUCAAGCAGGGUGCCAACUACGUUUCCGAGCAGGUCCAGAAGGCCACUGCCGGUACCAGCAAGGAGGCCAACAAGGAGGUUGCCAAGGACAGCAACGCCGGUGUCGGUACCCGUCUCGGAGCCGCCAAGGACGCCAUGGGCGACAAGGCCAAGGAGUCUGGCCACGACGCCAAGGCCGAGGGCCACAAGCAGCAGAUCUAA